AUGUUAAAUAGAAGGGAAGGAACAAUUCGAGGAAGAAAUCUCGUUGCAAGCAAAGAUGAAUUGAGGUUUGAAAAAGGUUUCGAAGCGGUUUCUAAAUUUAAACAAGCUACACAACUCGGCUGGAAAUUGCCAUCGAAGAAUGUCGCUCCAACAAUGUUUCUCGUACAUCAAUGUACAGUUUUAAAACCAGGCGCUCAUAAGAGAAGAGAGUGUGAAGAAUUAGUAAACAUCGAAGCAAAAACAAAAUCGAAUAAGAGGGAAAGAAAAUGUUUUUCUCUGCGUUUAAUGUCUGAAGGUGCUGUUAUGAAAAAAAUGAAGCAAGACAGUCAAAACGUGCGAAUUGAACGGCCACUAUGA